UUUGAAGUUACAGAAAACAGAAAAACGCGUCCAUUGUUUUUUAUAACGCCAUUUUUCUUCUCUCUGUAAACCUCGUGAUUCAUUUCUCCCUUUUUCCUCUUCCCGCUCUAACGAAAACGAAGCUUCAAAGGAAAAUCCCUUGCCGCUGCUGCCAGUUUCUCUUCUGAUUCCGGUGUCUCCGUAUCGAGCAGUGAACGAGGUUCCCGGAGGUUUCAAAACAGCGUUGUAUUUCGUUGAGAAAAGGAAAAGUCGAGAAAACAGAGGAUCGGUUGAUCGAUCGAUCGAUGCAAAGGUUGAGUUGUAGUGCAUGAGAGAUUUGGAAACGAUGAGAAUCGGUGGAGUUUUGAGGAUUUUAGCGGUGGUGUUGGUGGUGCUUGCGGCAGAGGUAGUUGAAGAAUCGGUAGCGGAGUAUACAAAGGCGAAAACGACGACGAAACAUAGAAACGCUUAUGCAUCGAUGAUGUACAUGGGAACGCCGAGAGAUUACGAGUUCUAUGUAGCGACGAGAGUGUUGAUUAGAUCCCUUGCGAAGCUUAACGUCGAUGCCGAUCUCGUCGUCAUUGCUUCUCGUGAUGUGCCCGUCCGUUGGGUUCGUGCUCUGGAGCAAGAAGAUGGAGCUAGAGUGGUGAGUGUAGAUAACGUAAACAACCCAUACAGAAACCAAUCGAACUUUGACAAGAGAUUCAAGCUAACACUGAACAAACUAUAUGCAUGGAGUUUGGUAGACUACGACCGGGUGGUGAUGUUGGAUUCCGACAACCUCUUUCUCCAAAAAACUGAUGAGCUCUUCCAAUGUGGUCAAUUUUGUGCUGUCUUUAUCAACCCUUGCAUCUUCCACACUGGCCUUUUUGUUCUCGAGCCUUCAAAAAGGGUAUUUGAUGACAUGAUUAAUGAGGUGAGAGUGGGGAGAAAGAACCCAGAUGGUGCAGAUCAAGGGUUCAUUGGCAGCUACUUUCCUGAUCUGUUGAACCGGCCAAUGUUCUAUCCACCAUCCAAUGGCUCCGUUCUUGGUGGCAACUACAGGCUCCCCUUGGGCUACCAAAUGGAUGCUUCUUACUAUUAUUUAAAGUUGCGCUGGAGUAUCCCUUGCGGUCCAAACAGUGUAAUAACGUAUCCAGGAGCAUCAUGGUUGAAACCAUGGUAUUGGUGGUCGUGGCCCGUACUACCUCUUGGCCUCCAAUGGCACGAGCAACGUCGUCGCACUCUUGGGUACGGCGCGGAGAUGCCGUUGGUUCUAAUCGAAAUCUUGCUCUGCCUAGGGAUUCUCACCAUGAUCCGUCUCGCCCGCCCUAAUCUCAUCAAGCUCUCCCACCGCCGAUUGGAAAAGCCCGCCGCCUCCUUCCAACCCGCCCUCAAACUCGCCGCCUUCUGGUCUAUCAUCGUCGCUUAUUCCGUUCCAUUCCUCAUCAUUCCGACCACCAUCCACCCGUUCCUCGGCUGGCUCCUCUACUUGCUCGGCUCCUCCACCCUCUCCUUCCUCGCCGCCACUGUCUUCCUCCUCCCGAUCCUCUCCGUCCUCGUUCCUUCGGCUGGAAUCUUCGGCGUACUUCUAGUGAUGGCCUAUCCGUGGUACUCUGACGGCGUCGUCAGAGGACUCUGCAUUUUUUUAUACGCGUUCUGUAUCGCGCCGGUCUUGUGGACGGCGGUGGUGAGGAUUGCGGCGGCGAUUCAGUCGUCGAUCGAUAGAGAUGCAUUCUUCGCAGUGAAAUCGGGUGAGACUUCGCCGUCUUCUAGGUUUAAUAAAUGGUGUUGAUGAUUUGGAAUUUGGGACAGAUUUUUAUUUUUUGAUUGUUGGGGGAUAGAAUUGAAGUGUCGGUUGUAUAAGAAAAAUGGAUUUUAUAGGUGGAAAGAAAGUAUAUAAUUCUCACAUUCUUGUAAUUUGUUU